AUGAAUCAUCCCACGAGUCAAAUUCUAUCAUCGUUGAGCAGACCUACUAGUUUAAGAACUUUGUAUCUCACUAGUAAUAAACUUUCUGGUCCCAUUCCUCCUGAGUUGGGAAAUUUGACAUCACUCCAAGACCUAGGAGUAAGCACAAACCAUCUCACAGGUCAAAUUCCAGCUUCGUUGAGUAGAUUAACUGGUCAAAUUCCAUCUUUGUUGAGCGGAUUAACUAGUUUAAGAACUCUAUAUCUCCAUACUAAUCAAUUGUCUGGUCCCAUUCCUCCUGAGUUGGGGAAGUUGACAUCGCUCCAGGACUUGGAAUUGAGCACGAAUCAUCUCACUGGUCAAAUUCCAUCUUCGUUGAGUGGAUUAACUAGUUUAAGAACUCUAUAUCAAGAUACUAAUCAACUUUCUGGUCCCAUUCCUCAUGAGUUGGGGAAGUAG